AUGUGUGCUGAUACGGAAGUUAAAGAGCGGGUGAAACUCCAUUUUUGUUCCCUUUGUCGUCGCCAAAUUGCAGGGGAGGAUACGCCCGAUGUUGAAGUGGUUGAGAAACCUUUCGAGUGCGUAUUGUGCUUUGGACUUCUUGAUCCAGCAUUCAUCGAACAAGUAGCCGAAGCUGUGGCAGCCCAACUGAAAGAUUCGCCAUAUGAUGCGCCCGCUUGCACACUGGCUCUUAAUUUACCUAUAUCACAAACUCUUCGACAAACCAUCAUAAAACAAGCGAGACCGGAUCUCAAUGGAAUAUUAGUUUCCGUUCCUUUCAAAAUCAGGAAUAUUGACGCCUAUUUACCAAAGCUGCGAGAUGCGUCCGGCUUGCGGCUCACUUUAUCAUCAGAUCUCCAAUUAACGAUUGCUUUCGAAAAUGAUGAGUUCAAUGAGUACGACACAGAAUUCCUUCUGGAGCACUUCCCAGAAAAUUUCCAUCAAGGGAGGAAACGGAAGUUCCACGAGGACAUACCCCAACAGUUUACCAAGAUCAAGGUGGAGCAGAUAUUGGGUCGAAUAAAAGGCGAUAUAGCCAGGAAGUACAAACUGUGUAGUCCAACUCGCCCGUGCUCUUUCACGCUGUCGUUGGAGCGUGACCCUGUAUUCAUUGCCGGAAGGUACUGCAAGUAUUCACGGUUGUUACCGCAGUCGCCCUGGUCAGCUGAAGAAAAAACUGCUCCAAGAGAACCAGGAAACUCGGUUUCAGAAAAGAUUUGCGACCCCAUGAAGAAUAAGUUCGGUGCGUCUGAGGCUCGAUUUAUUGCCUCCGGAAGGGAAGACUUAGACGUGCGCAUGUUGGGAGAUGGUCGGCCGUUUGCUGUUGAAUUACGGAACUGCCGCUUUACCAAUUCACUCAAGGGAACAGAUCAUGAAGAUACGUUACGUGAUCUCGAGAAGGAGAUUAAUAAGCAAAAGGAUAUAUGCGUGAAAUAUCUAACCAGAGUCACGCGUGAGGAAGCUGAAAGCCUUAGCGUUGGAGAGGAAGAGAAGAGGAAACACUAUGUUGCAUAUUGCUACAGUACUCUGCCUAUAUCUGAUGAGAUGCUCAAUAACGCUAUGAAACAAGUCCCAAUUCAAGUGAUCCAGAAAACUCCUGUUAGAGUCCUGAAGCGGAGGGCUUUGUUGGAUCGACCACGUACAGUUUAUACCAUGGAUAUACUGCGAGUGGAUUCUCACCACUUUCUCCUAAGGAUAGAAACCCAAGCUGGAACAUAUGUGAAGGAAUUUGUGCAUGGAGAUUUUGGCCGGACCCGGCCCUCGAUGGCAGAACUUCUUGGUGUUUCUGAAGGGGAAUGGAAGUGUUUUUCUUGCGUAGUGAUCUCCUCUGAUAGGUCCCGUCCAAUGGGUGCCACGGUAUUGAUGGUGGCAGAAAAGCCACUUCUUGCCGACUCUAUAGCGAAAAUUCUUUCGAACAAUACUGCCUCCAAGCGCAAAGGUUAUCUUUCUUUAAUUUUUGUUUCGUUUUGGAUUUCUGCUUUUUUUUUUCUUGAAGCCUGCUUUGUCUUCCUCUCCUAA